AUCCACUUAAUUAAUUGUCUUGAUCUGUUGAUCAUGUGAAGUAGCCACACGUGCCUGUAUAAAACUUUGUUACUAAAUUUUGCAAUCAACAACAAUAGUAAGGAAGAGUUCGCCAAAAAAAAAAAAAAAACUUUAGUAAGGAAGAACUUUUUUUGAAAGGUAGUAAGGAAGAACUUGAACUUAAAAAAAUGGCGAAAUUGAAUGGUGAGGAUGAUAACUUCAUUUGCAAUAUUGCUGAUUCCAAGUCUCUGAAAAACAACGACUAUGUUUUCGGCAUCAACCCCAAUCAACGCAAUUCUUCCUGAACACCUGAUUUUGGUUUCAUUCUCCCAAUUUUGCCGGAUUCUUUUUUUCCUCUCUUCUUGGAGAAAAGGACCAACGGUGCAGCUUGUGAGUCUGUAUUGGCGAUAUUGAUUGCUCAAUUUGGAUCAACACGUACAAGCUUGAAUUUUGAAUCUGGUUGUGGCACAGCUGCACAGGCUUGGAUAUUGGAUCUUGUGUACUCUAUUUGCAGGAUAUUAUAAGAUUACUCAAGUAGUCAAGUAAGUUCAUCAAUUUUUUUGUUUUUUGUUUUUUUUUUUUGUUUUUUUUCCUCCUUCUAAAAUAUAUGAAACAAUUUUACAAAGUGUCAAAGUGCUUUGAUUGGAUUACUUGUUUGCUUAUAUGAGGGUAUUUAGUGCUUGAAUGCUUCAAAUCUUUAUUUUAUGUAUCUUAAUCAUAACCAGUUGAGGAAAUAAGGCUUUGGUAAUGUUUUAUAUAUGUGAUAAUUAUAUAAAAGCCUCACAUUCUAAUUCAAGGUGCUAGCUUGGUUUAAUACAAACAACUUGUUCAUAUUCCCCUCCUCAAUAUAUAAACACCUCUAAGUAAAAAAAAAAAAUAAACUUGUUCAUAUUCCUCUCCCCAUUAUAUAAAGUAUAAACAACGCCUCCAAGUAAAUAUUACUGAACUACUCGUACAUGCUUUUGUGUAUGUCUAUUGAAGCUCCCAGUUUCAAGAGAACUUGUAAAGGUACCUGCCAUUGUGGAUUUGUGGAUGGGGUAGAGACACUAUGAGACAGUUGGAAUACAUCUAGCCAUACAUCCUUUGAUUAUAAAAGCCCUUAAAGGUCAUUUUAUGAAAUAAGGUGUACUAAAUUUAAUUUAUAAAACUGAAGCCAUUGACAAAGAGUACUAUCGUACUAAUGUUCAUAAGAUUUUCUUUUUUUGGAAAGCAACGUACAUGGUUUUCUUAAGGAGGUCAAUUAUGGAAAUGUAUCUAAAUUUACAAUAAUGGUUAAGAUUUCUUCAAAUUUGAUGAUCCUUCCAUUAGUUCAUUAUAAGCAAUCAUAGUUUAAUUAAGUUUUAUUUUUCCAUUUUAUCUUUGUCAAAUAAUGAAAAAUUAAAGAAUAUAUAAAGUUUUAACCUUAGUUUUUUCCACACAAUCGGGGUGUUGUAUCUUGCAAUAUACAAAAGAUCAUUGUCCUAUUGUAUCUAAUAAUUUACGCAAAAUGAGCAAAUUAAUUUGUUACUAGCGAAAUAUGAACAAACUAAUUUUGCUAAUUUGCUUCAUUAUAUAUUUGCUUGCACAAAAUGAGCAAAUUUGUCAAGUAAUGCAAAAGAACAUAUCAAUUUGCUCAUUCUUGUUCAUUUGUGGAAUUAAACGAAUUGGACCAAGCUACAAUUAAUUGUAUGAUGAAGAUGUUGCUAACUCGUUAUACUACCUCCGUUUCUUAUUAUGUGCAAUAAAGGGGUAUUAUUUAUGAUACAUAAUAUAUUCCUUUGUUGCACAUAAUAAGAAAUGAAGGUAGUAUAUUUUGUUCAUAAUAAAUUAAUAUAAUCAAAUAUAGUGAAUAUGCGGGGAAAAAAAUAUUGAAAAUUGGAUGAUCCAAAUAGAAAAGUUGAUUAAGUCUUAAGAGGAUUAUAUCUAUAAUCCAAAGUGUUUAUUUUUUAAUUUUUUUAAUUACAAGUCAAAAACUUUUUUUUUGCCUUCUUUUUUUGUCUUUUUUUUUGUUUUUUGUUUUUUUUUUUUUUAAUCUAUUGCUUUAUGGAGUGACACAAUGACUUUUUGCAUUUUUACACUAGUCAUAUCUGUGUGGUUUAUUGUAACUUUUUGGGUGUACCAAACACUCAUUUGUGAUGCAUGUACGAAAAAAAGUAGAAUUUAAAAAAAAAACUAAAAUAACAUAAUUAUAACAAAAUUGUCAACUCUUAGAAGAUUAUAACACAAAAAUAUACGAUAAUAUUUAUAUAAUAUAUAAUAAAUUAAAAAUAUUUAAUGCAUUGGAACGUAUUUCUUUAACGACAUGAAUUCCUAAUUCUAAAAUCAACACAAACAAACUAUACCUUUUUCGUGUACUUAUAAGAAUAUGGAGGAGAAAAAAUGUACUAUUGAUAAAAUUAGUUAUAAACAUCUAUUGACAAAGGGAAUUAGUUCCUUAAUCAUUUUAAUAGUAGAAUUUACUUAAUUAUAAAAGUUCCAUGAUUUGUUUUUCCUUGAUUGUGCCUUCAUAAUUGAAAUUCUUUAAUAGAUGGAAAUUAUUUGAAUAAUUAGUGCCAAUUUUUACCUUGCCAAAUGUGAUUGAUUUGUCAAUGAUUAGUUUCCAUUUCAAUUGCAAUUGUAAUAUCAAAACAUUUCUUUCCAUCCAUGCUGAUUGAUUGUUAUUUUCCCCCAUUGAGCUACAAAAGAUAUCAUUGUGUCUUUGAUGGACACCAAUUGUCCUACCUUUCACUAAUAUAAUAGAGAUAUAGAGUUUGACUAAAUCUUUUCACUUAUAUAUAAUAACUAAUAUAUAUAUAUAUAUAUUGAUUUUACCACCACUUAACGGAUUUUUGGAAGGAAUCCGUUAAGUGGGGUCACGUUGCCACAUGACACAAUAUUAUUUGUUUUUUUAAAAAAAGAAAAUUAAAAAACUAAAUAAAAACCCCAAAUUUAACCCUGCUCUAACCCUAAACCAGCCCACCAUCAUCACUGCCACUGCCGGCACUCCCUUCCCCACCUACCCCAACCUACGCACUAACCCGACGCACCACCCUAGCCAACCGGAAACACCUCAGUGUGCAAAACCACCCCCUUUCCCCCACCCUCGAAAGUCGAAAUUGCCAAAUCGACCAUUCUGGGUUUCCAUGGCCGAUUCUGGCCAUUUUGAGGGUGAAAGGGUAAAGGAUUGGUGGUUUUCGGUCGAAACCGGUUUCGUUGGUGGUUGGGUGGCGUGUUUCAAGGCUUGGGUUGGGUUUCGUUGGUGGCGGCGUGUUUUAAGGUUGGCUGGGUUUCGUUGGUGACUAGAGGUGCUGAAGGUGUGGAUGGGAUGGGAUGAGAUGGGGAGAGGUGUUGCCGGCGGCGGGUGUUAGGGUUGCAGAAACUGGCUGAGAUAACCUAUUCUGCUCCAAUUGGAAUUUCUAUCACUAUUUACCUUUAAGUAGUUUCCUCAUUUGAAAUUAAUGUUCACUUGCAUAUUAUUAAGUCAAUUGGUUCCAAGAAUCUCCCAACGCCACAGUGAACUGAACGGCAUAAAGAAAAUCCACCACUCCUCAAAAAACACAUAAGAAAUUAGAUAGGUCCUCUCAGAAUGCCGAAAAUGGAAAUGUGUCGACCUUAAUUCUAGAUGAGGUUGAGAAUUUAGCUGAUGGGCUGGAUUUUCCUUACUUAGACCCACCAUUAAAUCAUUAAUAUAAUCCAUGGAGGAGAUAUAGAGGUGGAGAGUGAAAGGGGUUUGUGGGGGUGGUUGGUGUACGUGGGAGUGGUUAGUGUAGGUGGGGCCAUAGCGGUGGUCUGAGUGUUGUUAGCUAGGAGAUGAAGGUGUUACCUUGGAGAUGGAGGAAGUUGGUGUGGUGUAGGACAACGUAAUGAUGUGGUAUUGGAUAGGGAUGGGAGGUGUUGUUUAUGGGAUAGUGGUGUAUGUUAGGAAAAUGAUGUGGUGAAAGAUUAGGUUAACCAUGGUUAGUAUAUUAAUGAAACUAAUCCAUUUAACUCACAUUAAUGUCAUAAUUGGGAUGAAAUUAUUAUUUAUGGUUUUGUAUAAAAAAUUUAAAAAAAGGGUCACCAUUUUAGUGCAUUAAAAGUUGAGGGCACCAACUCACCAAUUCACCAUUGAGAAUUUCCCUUUUCUUUUGUUUUUAACGUGAUUUUUACAUUAUAUGUAAUCAAAUAAUGCCUUAUAGACUACAUGUAUUUCAUCAUUUUUGAUAAAUAAUUAAUGUUUGAAAUUGUAUAAUUUAAAAUUUUUAAUAUCUUUUAUAUGUUGGGUGAAGGGGCAUGAAAUUCGUUGAGAGUAAAGGGGCCAUGAAAUUAUUUCGAUAAAAAAUAAUACUACGUUGAUCUUUAAGUGUAUAUAUAUACGGAGUAUAUAUAUAUGUAUAUAUUAUUUGCAUAUAUAGUUGACGGAGUAAUACGCAAUUAAAGAUAUUAAUGAUCAAACAUAUGUGUCGGGACUCACCAUGCUUAAUAAGUGUUGCGUGUUACUUAAUGACACAAAGUGAUUCUUCACAUCUCCAUUUCUUAAUAAAUACGUCCUUAAUGCACUGCUUUAACCUCUUGCACUAUUCUGAAACACUACAAUUCCUCUAGUUUUCCGCUUUAUCUCUCGUCUGAAAUACCAAUUGGUCACAACUAGAGUAUUGGUCUGAAAAUCUGAAAUGGUGAAAUUGAGGGAAGAGAAUGAUCCUGAUACUAUUGCUAAUGUGAAGUGCAGGAUCAUCAACAUCAGUAAUUUUUCGGCAGAAACCCUAACUAUUCCCGAUGAUCUCAUAAUCGGUAACAUUCUGCCAAGAUUGCCGGUAAAAACUCUAAUCCGUUUCACAUCUGUUUCUAAAUUCUGGCUUUCUACAAUUUCUACUCCUGAAUUUGCAAAAUCCCAUCUCAAAUUCUCCCUCAAUCAAAUUCUUUUAAUCGAUAAAAGACCUUUAAGAUUCAUGAUAUUGCCAUAUGAUGAUGAAGAAUCUGACAGUCUGGAAAACCCAAUUGAAUUGGAAAACUUUUUUGAUUCAUCUUUUCAACAAAAAUUAUCUAAAAAUGAUGUUAGCUUUGUGGGUUCUGGUAAUGGGUUGGUUUGCUUUGAAUGUGAUCAUUUGUGUUUCUUCUUUAUCUGCAAUCCUGCUCUGCAUUCAUACCGUAAAAUUAUGUAUCCGAAUCCUGGUUACUGCUCCAAUACUUCUUGGUUUGGUUAUAUACCAUCUAUUGAUGACUACAGGAUAGUUGUGCUAUUUGGAUUGUCUAGAUUAAGAGUUCAGCGUGAACCUCCUGUAUACUUUUAUGUGUUUUCGCUUAAGACGGGGAAUUGGAAAAGAAUAUGUGACCUUGAUGAUUAUUUUACUCGCUAUGAAUGGUUAUGCUGGGACACGAAAGUGGUCAAUGAUAUUCUGUAUUGGUCUGUUGGGUUUCUGGAAUAUGCGAUGCCUAAGCGCAUUGUAGGGUAUAAUUUGGUUAGUGAACAGGUGGAAGUAUUUCCUUGGAUGGAUUGGUUACAACAGCUGAAAGUAUUCCCUGGGAUGAAUUUGUUACAACAGUGCGUUAGUACAAGGUUUUUCUUGAGGAAUGGGUGCUUAUCAAUAGCAUGCAUCAGCUUAAUCGAUCGGAUGACUGAAGUUUGGACAUUGAAACAAUUUUAUGAUUGGAACUCUUGGGAGAAAGUGGGUUCUUUCAAUCGUCCGUGCACGUUUGGUUGUCAUGUCACCCCCACAGGCAAGUUUUUAGUAGAGAAAUGUUUUGAGCUCCAAACACCGAACCGGUUCAUGAUAGUUGAUGCAAGUCUAGAUACUGAAAAACAAAGGCAAAGCCAUACUUGCUCAUGUGACAACAAAAUAACUGUUUCAAAUGCGGUGGGUUAUGUUGAGAGUCUCAUUUCCCCCUUCGGAACAAUCAUGUCCAUUGAUGAGGAAGACCGUGAACUGUGAUCGACAUUGCUAUCUUAUGUGGGUGUGUUCGCUUUGUGGUUUAAAAUUUAAAUUGCUUGUAUUAGGUUUUAUCAUGUGAUUUUCCUAUUAGACCUUGUUUUUUUUCUGGGAAUCAGCCAUUUUUGUUGUUGUUGUUGUUGCUGUUGUUAUUGUUGUUGCCGUCGUCGUUUUUGUUACCAUUGUUGUGGUGGUGGUGGUGGUGGUGGUGUUGCUGUUGUGUUGUUGUAGCUUUUCUGAGACUGAUUCAGACUCAAAGCUGUUUGUUAUCUAGCCUGAGCAUAAAAUAUUAUUACUGUUGAGAAGGUGACAAUUUUGUAAUAGUCUGUUGCUUUUGUAGUGGUUGGUUCAUGAUAAUAAUAGCAACGAAGUUUUUAUUUAA